UUAAAAGAGUUGGCCACCAGAUCAGUUGCAAAUGUUAAACCAUAUGAAGUGAACACUACUGUAGAGCAUCUUGAAGAAUCUAAACCAAGUCCACCAGUGACGCAUCAAACUGAGAAGAGUGAUAAUAAAGCAGGUAGAAGUAACCACUAUUUGAAAGAUGCUUUGAAGACUGUUCCUUCUUUAACUAAAGAAUUACGGGUUGAUUUGGAGCAAACCCUGGAGGAGAAGCUGAAAGACUUUGGAAUCAAAGCAAGUGUUUGUGGUAUCCCAAACAAUCGCUUUGAGGACAUUUCGAAUGCCAUCAAAUCUGCUAGAAAAUGGAAACAGAAACAAGAACCUGACAUUCAACGAAUUCGAGAGCAUCUUGAACGCCAAGUUAGCAUUAGGGUCAAUGAGAAGUUGUCAUCUUGUAAUAGACCUGUUUCCUCUCCUCAACUUCCUUCAGAAGAGAAACAGAAAUUCAGGCAGUUGGGAAUCUCCUCAUCUGCCACACCACAAAAACCUGUAAAACGGUCCUCAACAGCCGUCCGCCCAGCUGAGCAGAGAACAGCCGUCAGCCAGAACACCUCCACACCAAAAUCCGUGAUUUUUUUUGGAAAUGGAGUUUCCAGAAGGACACCUAGCAUCACAACUCUGCCGUUCAGUUCAGAGGACGAAGUAGACGAGGAUGAUAGCCUACAGCCUGACCCACCGCCACAGCUAUUGCAAAAGCAGUCAAAAACAUCGAGCAGCAAAGUCAGUGCUUUUCAGAAGGCUUCUGAUAAAAGCGAUCUGGAUGAGAUGGAGGAAGGUGAAGCUGAAGAAGCUGGAACACCUGCCAAAACUUCAAAAGGAACAGUUAUUCAAAGACUGACUGAAAAAGUUGGAAAAAGUCUUUCUAACCAUGGAAGUAAGAACAAACCGGCUGGAGGGAUUAAUGUUGCACAGGCGUUUGUUAAGAAAGAAGAAGUGAAAGAACUGAAGUUCACAGAAGCUGAUGAAGAUGAUUGGGAUAUAUCAUCAUUAGAAGAUUUACUGAUGCAGAAUGAUAGAGGUCAGAAGGCAGCGAUGGUUCAGAAAAACGAGUCAAACGGUGCAUCCAUGGUGCAUGCGUGGGGUCUUCCGAGGACAAGUGUACCAAAGGAGGAAGGCCCUCCCGAAGCUGAUAAUACAAGCACGUUAAAAAGCAGCUUAGUCACUGUCACAGACUGGAGUGAUUGUUCAGAUACGUAG